UUUAAUUGGGAAAUAAAUGGUCCUAAUCCUUUCACUCUUCUCGUCUCCAAUUGACUGGUGUGGCAGAAACAGCACAAGAAGACGUAAGAUCUCUAGACCUUCUCCUCUGAUCACAUCUCCUUUCCUGCAGGCGCGAUUCAUUGGCUGUCGGAGCUUCGCAAGAGCCCUAAAGAUGGCCCACUCUGAUGUACAAACUCCCGUGGCUCAGCACCAGAAAGUCAUAGUACCCAACAAAAAAGGUGAAAAACUUGUGGGCAUACUUCAUGAUACGGGAUCAGCGGAGGUUGUCAUUUUGUGCCAUGGUUUUCGUUCGAACAAGGAAAAUGAUAUAAGCGUAAACAUUGCUAAGACAUUAGAAAAUGAAGGAAUCAGUGCCUUCCGUUUUGACUUUUCUGGAAAUGGGGAAAGCGAAGGUUCGUUUCAAUAUGGUUAUUAUCAUGGAGAGGCUGAUGACUUGCAUGCAAUAAUCCAAUAUUGGCGUGCAGCAGGCCGUGUCAUAAGUGGAAUCCUUGGGCAUAGUAAAGGGGGUGACGUGGUGCUUCUGUAUGCUUCCAAGUAUCAAGAUAUCAAUUUUGUUAUCAAUGUUUCUGGACGUUAUGAUCUGAAAAAAGGUAUAAAAGAACGCUUGGGGGAUGAAUUUAUGGAAAGAAUUGAAAAGGAAGGAUAUAUUGAUGUCAAGAAUAAGAAAGGAAAAGUAGACUAUCAAGUGACGUGGGAGAGCUUGAAGGAUCGCCUAAACACUGAUAUGCAUGAAGCUUGUCUUCUAAUCGACAAAGAAUGCAGGGUGUUCACAGUCCAUGGAUCUGCUGAUGAAGUAAUCCCUGUUGAAGAUGCAUUUGAGUUCGAUAAAAUCAUACCGAACCAUAAGUUACAUGUCGUAGAAGGUGCCAAUCAUUGCUACACCUCACACCAAACAGAGUUAGCCUCAAUUGUUCUGAAUCUCAUUAAAACAAGGCUGCCGCAUUGCAAGGAUGGUGCUUGAGCAAGUUCUUCCAGCCUGCAUUCAGGUUCCUGCUGGAUCUUUUAUUAGUUGCGCCCAUGAAUAAUUACGUUUAUGUUUUGCUGAUUAAGUUCAACUGAUUUCUAAUUCUGUGUGGUUCGAUCGACCAAAGCUAACCUCCUUCCAUUCAUUCCUCAAUAAUACAAUGGAUUUGUUCAAUCAAAUCUGGAGUGAGAUUCAAACUUCUGAACUUCUAAUCAAAAUAUCUUUACGUCUUUCG